CUCAAAACAGUAACGGAGCUAAUCAUUAAAAAAAAACAGAGAGAACAAUUACUGAUCUAAUUAUCCCUUGUUUCAUUUCAUUUCGAUUUGUCCCAACAAAACCACCAUUCUGCAGCCUGCGGCCGCCCUCUCGAUCAAUCAAAUCCUCCUCUUCCACCCCCAACUCAUUAAAAUCGCCUCUUCCUUUGCUUCAUAAAACUCAACGAAACACGAUGAGAGGCCACCUCUGUACAGCGUCCCGGGUAGACACAGAAUGCGAGACUGACUCCGACUCCGAAACCAUGAGGUGCAUAUCUUGUAAGGAGUACUACAGCAGAUGCGAUGCCGGAACUUGCAAAGAGUGUUACGAGGAAGCAAGCGAUACUGAAGAAGAGCUUAAAAGAGAGAUCGAAGAUCUCAAAGCUAAAGUUGCCUUCUUGCGUUUCUGGUCUCCUCUUGAUCUCCACAUCACUCAUCGCUCUCCAGCUGGCCCUUGCUUCACCGAUGUCGUUUUGAUUGCUUCCUCCGAUGAUGGGCUUAUCGGGACUCGCCCAUCCGUGCCUGUUCCUGCUCACAAGGCUGUUUUGGUGAGCCGUUCCCCGGUCUUCAAAGCGAUGCUUGAGAAUGACAUGGAAGAAAGCCGGAGUGGCACCAUCAAGAUCAGUGAUGUAUCAUAUGAUGCACUUCGAAGCUUUGUCAACUAUCUGUACACUGCUGAAGCGUGCCUUGAUGAGCAGAUGGCCUGUGACCUUUUAGUAUUAGCUGAAAAAUACGAGGUGAAGCAUCUCAAGGCCUAUUGUGAGAAGUUUUUGGUGUCAAAACUGAACUGGGACAACUCAGUCAUGAGCUAUGCCUUUGCCCAUCAGCAUAAUGCAAAGCAUAUGCUUGAAACAGCGUUGUCAUUGAUCACUGACAACAUGGACAAACUUACCAAAAGGAAGGAAUACAUAGAGCUUGUGGAAGAGGAUCCCCGGCUUGUCGUGGAGAUUUAUGAAGCGUAUCUGUCCAAACAGGUUAAUACAGCAGCGCACAAGGAUUCUUCUUCCAUGAAGCCAUAGAGAAAUCUGAAGGAAGGAUCAGUUUUAUUUUUGGCUCAUGGAUUGUUGAUGUAAAGAUGUAAUUAAUUUUUCUUUUUCUCGGCAAAGUUUUGGCUUGGGUGAACCCUGUUGGACAUGUCUGGGGAUUAGUAUGGGCGUGGGGGAGCUUUGGCAGUCAUGGUAACUAGAACACGAAAUCAUAAUGUUUGAUUAGAGAUUAUGAACAUAGUCUCUUGACAUCAAUUUCCAUUUGACGGACCUCAAGGGUCUCUCUUCCCCUGCAA